AUGACCGCGCCUUCAAACCCCUUCACCUCAUUAUUCGUCCAUCCAGUCGAGUUUCAAGAUGCCCUCUCAAAUACCCAAGCGACGGCUCGCAUCAUCCCCGUAGCCGCCGGCCGAACCGCAACACUAGCCUCAUAUGAAACCAGACACAUUCCAAACUCCAUGUACGUGCGCCGAUCUUCACCAAAAAACACAUUCACCGUGCCCCUAACAAAUUCAAGCUUUUUCAACAUGGAUUCCAUCAGCGAUACUAGUUCCAAGUACCCGGUAAUGAUGCCGACCGCUGCCCAUUUCGCCAACUGCAUGAGCGAUCUCGGCAUCCAGCCGCAAGAUAUCAUUGUUGUCUACGACACGUACGAAAUCGGCCUUUAUUCUUCACCGCGUGUUGCGUGGACGUUUCUUCAUUUCGGGUACAAGAAUGUUCAUGUUUUGAACAAUUUCCCCGCAUAUAUUUCGCACAAUGGUCCGCUUGCCAGUGGUCCACUGCGAGGACUUUCGAGCGUGUUAUCUGACUCUGCGACAUGCUCUCUCUCACAAAACAUUGAUCCGGAGGAAAUCAUCUCGUAUGAGGAGCUACGAGAUGUGAUUCUUGCGAAGCCCAGCGAAAAAUCUUACCAAAUCCUUGAUGCGCGGCCAUUUAACCAAUUCUCUGGUCUUGACAAGGCUGCAUAUGCUUCUUUGAGGCCGGGGCAUAUGCCAAGUGCGCUCAGCAUUCCGCUGGCCUAUAUUUUGGAUGGGGAUAAACGUCUACUUCCAGAGGAUGAACUUCGGGCGCUUUUUACACAGGCUGGGGUGGAUGAGCAUAUGCCUGCUGUGUUAACGUGUAACUCUGGAGUGACUGCUUCGGCGUUGGGACUGGCGCUACGCGUAUGCGGCUACGAAGUGAAGAUGAGGCUUUAUGAUGGCAGUUGGAUGGAAUGGGCCGAUAGGGUGACCGAAGAUGGUUUGAUAGUGACUAACUAA